UAAUUAUCACAUGACCCACUCAUUAUGUUCCGCUGAAAUUAACCUGCGAGGCUAGUCUGAUGUCUAUAGCUACCGAGGUUCCUGCAUCCCUGUUCUUAUUCAGCAAACCCUCCGUCCUCUCCGAGGCUGGGGAGCCCUGCAGUCUUCCUGUCCGGCGAUGGAGCUCCCAAGUCCUUCCAGAGAGGAAUGGCCCAAGCUGCUGGGCGGGGGAGGCACCCUGACGGCCACCCUCGCAGGAUUACUUCUACUUCAGGCAGUCUCCUGGGCAUCAGGUGCCCGCCCCUGCAGCCCCCAAAGCUUUGGCUACAGCUCUGUGGUCUGUGUCUGCAAUGCUACGUACUGUGACUCUCUUGACCCCCUGACCUUGCCUGCUCCUGGCACCUUCAGCCGCUAUGAGAGCACCCGCAGUGGGCGCCGGAUGGAGCUGAGUCUCGGGACUGUCCAGGCCCGUCGGACGAGAACAGGGCUGCUCCUGACCCUGCAGCCGGAUCAGAAGUUCCAGCAAAUAAAGGGAUUUGGAGGGGCCAUGACAGAUGCCGCUGCUCUCAACAUGUUUGCCCUGUCGCCCCCUGCCCGGAAUCUGCUACUCAAAUCGUACUUCUCUGAGGAAGGAAUCGAGUACAACAUCAUCCGGGUGCCCAUGGCCAGCUGUGACUUCUCCAUCCGCAUCUACACCUAUGCCGACACCCCCGAUGACUUCGAGUUGCACAACUUCAGCCUCUCAGAGGAGGAUGUCAAGCUCAAGAUACCCCUGAUUCACCAAGCCCUAGAGAUGGCCCAGCGCCCCGUCUCACUCUUCGCCAGUCCCUGGACAGCGCCCACUUGGCUCAAGACGAAUGGGGCAGUGAAUGGCAGGGGGUCACUCAAGGGUCGGCCGGGGGACCGCUACCACCAGACCUGGGCCAGAUACUUUAUCAAGUUCCUGGAUGCCUACGCCGAGCACAGGUUGCGGUUCUGGGCGGUGACGGCCGAGAACGAGCCUUCUGCAGGGCUGCUUAGCGGGUACCCCUUCCAGUGCCUGGGCUUCACCCCCGAGCACCAGCGAGACUUCAUCGCCCGUGACCUGGGCCCCACCCUCGCCAACAGUACACACCGUGGCGUCCGCCUGCUCAUGAUGGAUGACCAGCGCGUGCUGCUGCCCCACUGGGCCCAGGUGGUGCUGGCAGACCCCGAGGCAGCUAAGUACGUUCACGGCAUCGCUGUACACUGGUACCUGGACUUCCUGGCUCCAGCAAAAGCCACCCUAGGGGAGACACACCGCCUGUUCCCCGACACCAUGCUCUUUGCCUCGGAGGCCUGUGCGGGCUUCGAGUUCUGGGAGCAGAGUGUGCAGCUCGGGUCCUGGGAUCGUGGGAUGCAGUACAGCCACAGCAUCAUCACGAACCUCCUCUACCACGUGGUCGGCUGGACCGACUGGAACCUGGCCCUAAACCUCGAAGGGGGCCCCAACUGGGUGCGCAACUUCGUGGACAGCCCCAUCAUCGUGGACAUUGCCAAGGACACCUUCUACAAACAGCCCAUGUUCUACCACCUCGGCCACUUCAGCAAGUUCAUUCCGGAGGGCUCCCAGAGAGUGGGGCUGGCGGCCAGUGAGAAGAGCGACUUGGACACGGUGGCCCUGGUGCGUCCCGAUGGCUCUGCAGUUGUGGUCGUGCUAAACCGCUCCUCGAAGGAUGUGCCUGUCACCAUCCAGGAUCCUGCCGUGGGCUUCCUGGAAACCAUCUCGCCUGCCUACUCUAUUCAUACCUAUCUGUGGCGUCGCCAGUGACCGAGCAAGCAGACACCGCAGCAGGCGCCUGGACGCCACACGAACAUUAAAGGGACAGAAUCGGCUCAUAUGCUGUCUGUGGCUAAAGAGGGUGCAGCGGCACCGGGCGAGCUUCAGUGACGUGAGCCCAGGAGCAGUGGUUUGGGUGACUCACUCUGCCCUCUAACUGGAGCCAGGGCUGGAGGCCCCUUGCGAAGCCCCGUUGGCCCCCUCUCCUAAGCCGUGUGAGCGUGUGCUCUGUGCUGCUUGCCUGUGGGAGCUGGGCCCAGGCCCGGGGUGAGCUCACUGUCUGUACAAACACGAGAAGGGGGUGGGGGAGGGUAAGGAAAGGACUUGAGAAGCUGGACCCAGCACUGAGAACUGUCUGUCUUUCCUGGGGGUGCAGAGUGGGCCCCCUGGGGAAGCAUGUCAGCAUCCGGGCACAGGCAGCUAGGAAGCCCAGGACCUGGGGGGACUCAGGCCCCCGGAUGGCCCCUGGCACCGACUAACAGUGGCCUCUCAACAGAGAGAAUGUCUGACCCCA